AAAAGAAAGAAAGAAAGAAAGAAAUCUGUUUCCAACUAUUACUACUCUCUAUCUAAUAGGAGAAAAAAAAACUAGGGUGGAGAGGAUUCACCAGAACAGAAAAGAACCAACAACAAAAAGAAAGAAGAAAAAGAAAAGGGAACAGAAGAAGGUAAUCUGUCAGAAUGAACAAACAUUCAUCAAUCCUACUAUCUUUAUUAUUGAAGAUUUGAAGAAACUGUGAUGAAAGUAUUAUCACUUUCAGUAUUGUGAAUACUAACAAUAAUGAUGAUAAUCAUAACAAUGACAACAACAACAACAACAACAACAAGAAGUCUACUCAUGUCUAUUCAGUAAUUGAAAAGGUAAAUAAAUAAAAGAAAAAAAGAUGUAAGUCAAUAACAAAAUCCUGAUAGUGAUAUAACAACAGAGUCAUUGCAUAACAAUGAACUGAAUAUAUAUAUAUACGUGUAUCUAUGCUAGGUAAAUAGUCGUCAAGGCAAAGAAACUGAUUUAUCAUAUGAACAGAAUGAAUACUACUACUAUUACUACUACUACUAGUACUACUACUACUACUACUACUAGUACCACUACUAAUCCAUUUAUAUGGAAUCAAUUAAUGCAUUAUAUCACAAAUCAUAAACAACAACAAACCAUCAAUAAUGAUCAUAUGGAUACAAAUAUACUUAAUCAUUCUUAUUAUCCAUGUAUGAAUUCAAUAGGAAUUAUAUCAAAAGAUUCAUUCUCAUCAAUUGAUUAUGAUUAUGUAAAUAAUAAAGAACAAAUGAAUACUGCCACUAUGAUGACAAUGAUUAUGAAUUCAGACUUGAUGAUGUCAAUGUCUAAUACAAAACAAAAUACUGUGAAUAAUAAUCAACUAUUAACUUCACUUGCAUCAUCACCAAUCACAACGAAUACAACAUCUUCAUCAUUGUCACCAACGACUUCAGUUUAUCAUCAUCAUCAUAAUCAUCAUCAGUAUUAUCAUCAAACAUCUCCAUGUUCUUCACCUGUUUCUCCUCUUCCAUCAUUUCAUCAUCAACAUCGUUAUCAUCAUAAUCAUGUUAAACGUCCAAUGAAUGCAUUUAUGGUAUGGUCACGUGGUCAACGACGUAAAAUGGCUCAAGCUAAUCCAAAAAUGCAUAAUUCUGAAAUAAGUAAACGUUUAGGUAUUGAAUGGAAAUUAUUAACAGAUAAUGAAAAACGUCCAUUUAUUGAUGAAGCUAAACGUUUAAGAAUGAAUCAUAUGAAAGCAUAUCCAGAUUAUAAAUAUAGACCAAGAAGAAAAUUAAAACAUUCAAGAAAACAAGAAAAAUUUACACAAUCACAACCAUCACUACCACUACCACUACCACUACCACCACCACCUAUUCAAGAUAUGACUUAUCAACUUUAUGGUACAACUCAUGGAUUAUCACAUUGUUCUUUAUUAAAUGGAUCAUUAAUUAAUCCAUCUCUAUUACCUUCAUUUCCAAUAUGUGAUGAUAAAAAAACAAUUCAUUUAUUGAAUAAUUUAAGUAGUAUAUUCACGGAUCAAUAUAGUGAACAUACUACUGAUAGAUUGAAUACAUUUAAAAGUAUAGAAAGUAAUUCAUGUAUGACAAUUUCAAAACCUACUAAUGUAAUGGAUACAAAUCAUGGUAACUAUAGUUACAAUUGUGAACAACAACAACACCACCAUCACCAACAACAACAGCAACAACAAUUAAUAUUUAAUAAAACAAAUUCAUUAGAAUUAAACAAACCAACAUUUAUGCUUUCACGUUUAUUAGAUAAAAUAAGUAAUAAUAUAGAGAAUAAUGAUUCAAUUAGAGAAUUGAUGACAACAAGCACAUCAACUAUAAAUAAUACCAUUGAUACAUUGAUUUAA